AUGGACAACCUGCAGCACUGUGCUCAACCUGUGAAGGCUACCAACAGGCUUCAUUUCACACCUGCAACACCAUUUCACUUGGAGCUUAACUGUAGCAAGAGCUGUGAAUUUAAUGCAAGCCUUGCUUUGCAGCAAGGUCCAGUAGUGCAGCCAUCUUGUGCAACGGACAAACCGUAUCAAUGUCCUGAGUGCAGUAAGUGUUUUACACAGAGUUCUGAAAUGAGACGUCAUAUGGCUAUUCACACAGGAGUAAAACCAUACAAGUGUACUGAAUGCAGUAAGUGUUUUACACGCAGUUCUACUAUGAAGCAUCAUAUGGCUAUUCACACAGGAGUAAAACCAUACAAGUGUACUGAAUGCAGUAAGUGUUUUACACUGUGUUCUAAUUUGAGACGUCAUAUGGAUAUUCACACAAGAGCAAAACCAUACAAGUGUACUGAAUGCAGUAAGUGUUUUACACAGAGUUCUCAUAUGAGAAGCCAUAUGGCUAUUCACACAGGAGCAAAACCAUACAAGUGUACUGAAUGCAGUAAGUGUUUUACACAGAGUUCUAAUUUGAGAAGUCAUAUGGCUACUCACACAGGAGUAAAACCAUACAAGUGUACUGAAUGCAGUAAGUGUUUUACACACAAUUCUGUUAUGAGACGUCAUAUGGAUAUUCACACAGGAGCAAAACCAUACAAGUGUACUGAAUGCAGUAAGUGUUUUACACAGAGUUCUAGUAUGAAGCAACAUAUGGCUACUCACACAGGAGUAAAAUCAUACAAGUGUACUGAAUGCAGUAAGUGUUUUACAUGGAGUUCUAAUAUGAAGCAUCAUAUGGCUACUCACACAGGAGUAAAACCAUACAAGUGUACUGUAUGCAGUAAGUGUUUUACACAGAGUUCUCAUAUGAGAACCCAUAUGGCUACUCACACAGGAGCAAAACCAUACAAGUGUACUGAAUGCAGUAAGUGUUUUACACAGUGUUCUAAUUUGAGAAGUCAUAUGGCUACUCACACAGGAGCAAAACCAUACAAGUGUACUGAAUGCAGUAAGUGUUUUACACACAAUUCUGAUGUGAGACGUCAUAUGGAUAUUCACACAGGAGCAAAACCAUACAAGUGUACUGAAUGCAGUAAGUGUUUUACACAGAGUUCUCAUAUGAGAACCCAUAUGGCUAUUCACACAGGAGCAAAACCAUACAAGUGUACUGAAUGCAGUAAGUGUUUUACACAGAGUUCUACUUUGAGACGUCAUAUGGCUACUCACACAGGAGCAAAACCAUACAAGUGUACUGUAUGCAGUAAGUGUUUUACAAAGAGUUCUCAGAUGAAAUAUCAUAUGGCUAUUCACACAGGAGCAAAACCAUACAAGUGUACUGAAUGCAGUAAGUGUUUUACACACAAUUAUGGUAUGAGACGUCAUAUGGCUAUUCACACAGGAGCAAAACCAUACAAGUGUACUGAAUGUAGUAAGUGUUUUACACACAAUUCUGAUAUGAGACGUCAUAUGGCUAUUCACACAGGAGUAAAACCGUACAAGUGUACUGUAUGCAGUAAGUGUUUUACACAGAGUUCUACUUUGAGACGUCAUAUGGCUACUCACACAGGAGUAAAACCAUACAAGUGUACUUAAUGCAGUAAGUGUUUUACACACAAUUCUGUUAUGAGACGUCAUAUGGAUAUUCACACAGGAGCAAAACCAUACAAGUGUACUGAAUGCAGUAAGUGUUUUACAUACAAUUCUGUUAUGAGACGUCAUAUGGCUAUUCACACCGGAGUAAAAUCAUACAAGUGUACUGUAUGCAGUAAGUGUUUUACACAGAGUUCUCAGAUGAAAAGUCAUAUGGCUAUUCACAUAGGAGUAAAACCAUACAAGUGUACUGUGUGCAGUAAGUGUUUUACAAGGAGUUCUCAGAUGAAAAGUCAUAUGGCUAUUCACACAGGCGCAAAACCAUACAAUUGUACUGAAUGCAGUAAGUGUUUUACACACAAUUCUGUUAUGAGACAUCAUAUGGCUAUUCACACCGGAGUUAAAUCAUACAAGUGUACUGUAUGCAGUAAGUGUUUUACAUGGAGUUCUCAGAUGAAAAGUCAUAUGGCUAUUCACACAGGAGCAAAGCCAUGCAAGUGUACUGAAUGCAGUAAGUGUUUUGCACACAAUUCUGAUAUGAGACGUCAUAUGGCUAUUCACACAGGAGUAAAACCGUACAAGUGUACUGAAUGCAGUAAGUGUUUUACAUGCAGUUCUUCUGUGAAAUAUCAUAUGGCUCUUCACACAGGAGUAAAACCAUACAAGUGUACUGUAUGCAGUAAGUGUUUUACACAGAGUUCUCAGAUGAAACGUCAUAUGGCUAUUCACACAGGAGAAAACCAUACAAGUGUACUGAAUGCAGUAAGUGUUUUACACGGAAUGCUGAAAUGAUACACCAUAUGGCUAUUCACACAGGAGCAAUCAUGGAAAUAUCGAAUAGAGAAAACUAUAAAGCAGCUAAGACAAGAAGUAUCAUUGUUAGAAGAAUAUAGAAGGGGGAACAGGGCCAU